AUGAUAGAGAGGCGAACAAUCAACAUUUCAGCGGAUCCCUGCGUCUCUGAAUUGGGCCAAGGAAACUGGGGCAAACAACCCAAAGUGAUCGACGUCAAACCCAUGGCGUUUCCAUCCAAUCUCGGCGUUGAUGACUGCGCGAUGACUGGGUCAGAUGCACAUCAUCUCUUUGUCAUUGGCUUGCAUGUGCACCUCAAGAAUCAGGAUCAAAAAGGGCUGAGCUGGCGACGCGCUGAUUCUUCAACUGACAACAGGGCAAACAGCACAUUUGGCCCUGAAGUCGGGCUGCACCUGCAGUUGUCCUUGCAGACUAGCACAGUCCUUUGCAUAAGUGGCGCGCUCUAG